ACAGACUUGACGGUGACCACCACACCCCCUCGUGUUUGUAGGAGCUUAGUCCAAACAUUUUCAAUUUUUUUGUUCAUUUUCUUUUAAUCUCCGUUUACUCACAGCCCAAACAGGUCCAAACUCUCUCUCUCUCUCUCUCACAUAUUUUUUUUUCUUCUUUACCUCUCUGGCGAGCGCUCGGAAUCUUGCCGGAGAACCGCCCUGCCUCGCCGGAAACUGGCGGAGCUCUGAAGUGUGAAGGAGAGAGAAAAUUCAGAGAAACAUGAAGGUAUAAUAUAAGAAUUUAAAGAAAAAAAAAAUUCAGAAGGAAGGAAGAGAGAGAGGUUAACGUGCAAUGCAGGGAAAAAAGGCAUCAAAGAGUUUGGAAGAUCUUGCACGGCACAGAUUCCAAGACUAGAUAGAAGAGUAGACGAUGAUCCUUUCUUUCUUAUUUCAAAUCUCCUUGCCUUAAGCCGUAAUUUAUUCCAUUUCUCUCUCUCUCUUCCUUCAUAUACACCAAUUUUGCUCCCCAAAACCCAAAAACCUCUUCAAUUUGUCGAUUUUUGAUGCGUCCUUGUUUCUGAUCCUUUUGUUUGAUCGGAAAGUUCAACUUGUAGAGAAUUUCUAUUUUCUUGUUGGAGGGAAACUUUUGAGUUAUAUAUAGAGGUAUGCAUUUGGUUCUCGGCACAGGAAAUGGAAGUUUGAAGGCAAUUUUUUGAUUUUACUUUUUAGCAGCCUUAGGGUUUCGACAUGCCAUUUGAGAUAAUGGACUUACCAGGUUUAUCCUCAUCGUCCUACUUCUCCGAAAGUCUUCCCAACGAGAGACAAGUCGGUUUUUGGAAGUCAAAUAACGUGUCUGAUGGCUUUGUGAGUGGUAAUUCAGUUGCUUCAUCACCAAUGGAGAAGCUUAUACCAGUGGAAAGUCAGACAAUGAAGUCCCAACAUCCCGAGUCUUUCCUAAUACAAGAUCAGCGGAUAAAUUUUAACUUAAAUAGGCAUGCUGUGGGAGCAGGCAGAGCAUCCAGUCAUUCCUUGACUUUGAACGCACAGCCAGCAUCUUAUUCUGAAGAAGGCAACAAAAUUAAUAUGAUGGGCGCUCAGUAUGAGAGUAGUCUCUUCUCAAGUUCACUGUCAGAUUUAUUUAGUAGGAAGUUGAGAUUAUCAUCAAAUAAUACCCUAUAUGGUCAUUCUAUUGAUACUGUUGCCUCCCACUAUGAGGAGGAGGAACCUUUUGAGUCCCUUGAAGAAAUUGAGGCCCAAACCAUUGGAAACCUCCUCCCUGAUGAUGAUGACUUGCUUUCUGGAGUGACUGAUGGACUUGACUGUAUUGUUCAACCUAGUGGAGGGGAUGAUGUGGAGGACUUAGACUUUUUUAGUAGUGUUGGGGGAAUGGAUUUGGGAGAUGAUGGUUCAUCUGCUGGACAAAAUAAUUCGGAAUUUCCUGGAGUAGUUUCUAAUGGUCAGCCAGGGGCAUCAAAUGGUUCAAUAGCUAAUGAACACCCAUCUGGUGAACACCCUUCCAGGACAUUGUUUGUCAGAAAUAUAAAUAGCAACGUUGAAGACUCUGAGUUGAGGGCCCUUUUUGAGCACUAUGGAAAUAUCCGUACUCUCUAUACAGCUUGCAAGCAUCGUGGUUUUGUUAUGAUCUCCUAUUAUGAUAUUAGAGCAGCCCGAAAUGCAAUGAAAGCUCUCCAGAACAAACCACUAAGGCGUAGGAAGCUUGACAUACAUUACUCAAUUCCGAAGGACAACCCUUCAGAAAAAGAUAUUAAUCAGGGUACACUUGUGGUGUUUAACCUUGAUUCCUCUGUUUCAAAUGAUGAACUCCGUCAGAUUUUUGGUGUCUACGGAGAGAUCAAGGAGAUUCGUGAAACUCCACACAGAAGUCAUCACAAAUUUAUCGAAUUUUAUGAUGUUAGAGCUGCAGAGGCUGCUCUUCGUGCAUUAAACAGAAGUGAUAUUGCUGGGAAGCAGAUUAAGCUUGAGCCAAGCUGUCCAGGGGGAUCAAGACGUUUGAUGCAACAAAUCCCACCAGAGUUGGAGCAUGAUGAUGGUGGUCCUUAUCUGCAACAAAAUAGCCCUCCUAUUGACCUGGCCAUUGGCUUCCCUGGCUCAAUUCUGCAUGGGGCAAUUACGUCUGGUAGCAUGGAUCAUGGAACUGUUUUGGGGGCACGCUCUGCAAUACAAGCUCCAUCCAUGGAAACUGCAUUGCACCAUGCGAUCUCUUCUAGCGUUCCUAACAGCUUACCCUCUCUGGUGAAACUUGAAUCAUUUAGCAAUCAGAUUGGCCUUGCUGAGUCUGGACGUUCACCAGGACAACUGAAAUUUGAUAUUCGAGGAACUCCAACUUUCCAUCCUCAUUCACUUCCAGAGUAUCAUGAUGGCUUAACUAAUGGUGUUCAGUUGAAUUCUCCGGGCACUGUGAAUCCAAACAUCAAUCCCAGUCCACCUGAAAGAUUUGAUAACAGGCAGUUGCGAAGAGUAAGCUCAAAUGGGCACCCAGUUGAACUCAACGAACCUGGUAAAAGCAAUGGAUCACUAGUUUUUGGAUCUGCUGGUAAUGGGAGCUGUCCUCUUUCUGGACAUCAAUAUACGUGGAAUAGCUCCUAUCACCGUCAGCCUCCUGGCAUGAUGUGGCCAAACUCACCAUCAUUUGUCAAUGGAAUUUGUGGAACCCAUCCUGCACCAAGACUGCAUGCACCUCCUAGACCAUCUAAUAUGUUGAAUUCAGUUUUACCCAUAAAUACCCACCAUGUGGGAUCAGCUCCGGCAGUUAAUCCUUCUCUCUGGGAUAGGCGACAUGCCUAUGCAGGAGAAUCCCCCGAGGCUAAUGGAUUUCAUCCUGGUUCCCUUGAGAACAUGAGAAUGUCUAAUAAUUCACUGCAUGGGAUGGAAUUCGUUUCUCAUGGCAUCUUUCCUCAUGUGGGUGGAAACUGUAUGGACCUGCAUAUUCCCCCAAAAAAUAUAGGACUCCAAUCCCAUCAUCAGAGGUGCAUGAUCUUUUCUGGUGGAGGUCAAAUGAUUCCAAUGAUGAAUUCCUUUGAUUCUCCAAUUGAACGAUCUCGCAGCCGUAGAAAUGAAGGCGGCUCUAGUCAGGCUGAGAACAAGAAACAGUAUGAACUUGAUAUUGACCGCAUAAUGCGUGGGGAAGACAACCGAACAACACUUAUGAUAAAGAACAUCCCUAACAAGUAUACAUCAAAGAUGCUUUUGGCUGCAAUAGACGAACGCCAUCGAGGAACUUACGAUUUCAUCUAUCUACCAAUUGAUUUUAAGAACAAAUGUAACGUGGGGUAUGCAUUCAUCAAUAUGACUGAUCCUAGCUUGAUCGUUCCAUUCUAUCAGGCAUUCAAUGGGAAGAAAUGGGAGAAGUUUAAUAGUGAAAAGGUGGCAUCACUGGCAUAUGCUCGUAUUCAAGGCAAGUCUGCUCUCAUUGCGCAUUUCCAAAACUCAAGCUUGAUGAAUGAGGAUAAGCGAUGCCGACCAAUUCUUUUCAAUACUGACGGCCCCAAUGCUGGUGAUCAGGUGCCUUUCCCAAUGGGGGUUAAUGUUCGUACCAGACCUGGAAAAGCUCGGACCAACACCCAUGAGGACAGCCAUCAAGGAAGUCCACCAAAAUCGGGAAAUGGGGAGGAUUAUACUGGAGAUGCAUCUUCAGGUUCUUCAAAAGAGUUAGACUAAGAAAGCCAUGCAUUUUUUGUGGGCACUAACCUUACAUUACUGAGUAAUCUAAAUCAUAUCCAACCAAAAUCCUGGUUACAUAUACUAGGGGUGUCUGGUGAGGGAAAAAAAGCAUCUUUUGCUUUUGAUAAGCCUUAAAAGAAUUUAGAGGAGGAAUGCUUGACCAAAGCAAAAUAUCUUUUGAGUUAUCUUUUGCUUUUCUUACCAAUUUUUGAUAUUGUUAGAAAAAGGAGCAUCUGGUGGAGCUUCAAAAUUUUGGGUGGCCUUGAGAGUAUUAUGAUAAAAUGACAUGUAUAUGUAUAGUUUCUGAACAAUGAAAAGGGGAGAUCCUUCAUUGCGUAUUGAGGAGGUUUCUCUGCUACACCUUUUCCUUUCUUUUAUUUUCUAAUUUUUUUUCCCCAUCCCCCCGAUUUUGUUGUUUCUUGAUUGACGAACAUGAAGCCCAUCUGUAAUUGUUGAGGUACAAAAGACAACUUGUGAAAUUUUUUGAAGUGGGAUGAACCAAUUUAUGUAUCGUUUUUUGCUUAUUAGAGAUAUAUUGGUCCCUUUUUA